AUGUACCCCUUCAAGAAGACGGUUGAGGCUGUCAUCGUUGUCCCCCUGCAACCGACUCUCUCCGGGCAGCCUAUCUCGACCACGCUGUCUCUCCUCCCUUCUGCUAUCGAAGACUUUCUCGACUUUCGCCAGACUACCGUCGUCUUGGCCAAUCCCCGAACCGAUGGGGAGAGUAGUAGCGCCGAGUUCCCGGAAGGACUCGCGGAUGCUAUCGCCCGCAUCCUGGAAGAUCACGCUGUUACGCUGAUCAGGAGGCCGCUUCGCGGGCCCGACAUACCUCCUAUCAAUGUACAGGUGAACAGUUGGAGGAAACUGAGAGACCAGGUGAUGGAGAAAGUCAGGCCUUCAGUGAUGGUGGAGCCUUAUUCCAAUCCACCCGUCUCGGUGACAGUGGACAUGGACCUUAUCAGAGGUGUACCUUUUGGAGAUGUGAUGAAGAGUUUCAGGAGAUUCUUAAUAUAG